GAGCAAAAAGGGGUGUCUGGGUUCAGGUUUAAUUCCUGCGCUCUGGGAAGUGCUGGCGCCCGUGGUCUGCGCGGGGCGCGGUCCGGGCUGGAAGAGAGAGCUGAGGCGGAGCAGGAGCCCCGGAGCGGGGACCAGGCGGCCAGCGAAGGGCGACGGCCCGGCUCGCGCCUCGGAGAGCCACCCUGCGCCCCGCAGGGCCUCGGGCGCGUCGGCGCGGGCGCGGGACCCGGAAGCGCGGAGGUCCCGCCCCCAGGCCCAGGCCCGCUCCCCCGCGCGGCGCUUCCCUGUCUGCGUCCCGGGGCGGCGGCGGCGGCGGCAGCGCGGGAAGACACCUCCUCUCACCAUGAACCUCGACGUCCAGUGCGAGCAGCUGAGUGGUGCCCGGUGGGCCGAGCUCCUGCCUCGGAUGCGGCAGUACGAGGUUAUCAGGCUGGACGACUGCGGCCUGACAGAGGAGCACUGCGCAGACAUGGGCCCGGCGCUGCAGGCCAACCCCUGCCUGCGAGAGCUCAGCCUGCACACCCAGGAGCUUGGCGACGCCGGCGUGCGCCUGGUGCUGCAGGGCCUGCAGAAUUCCGCCUGCAAGAUCCAGAAACUGAGUCUCCAUAAUUGUGGCCUGACAGAGGCCGGCUGCACCAUCUUGCCCGGUGUACUUCGCGCCCUGCCCGCCCUUCGAGAGCUGAACCUCAGUGACAACGCCCUGGGGGACGCGGGGCUGCGGCUGCUCUGCGAGGGGCUCCUGGAUGCCAAGUGCCACCUCGAGAAGCUGUCGCUGGAGUACUGCCAGCUGUCGGCCGGCGGCUGCGGGCACCUGGCCUCGGUGCUGAGGACCACACCCAGCAUCAGGGAGUUUGUGCUGAGCAACAACGACCUGGGCGAGGCCGGCGUCCAGCAGCUGUGCCGGGGCCUGGUGGAGUCUGCCUGCCAGCUGGAAAUGCUCAGGCUGGAGGGCUGUGGCAUCACGUCUGCCAACUGCAAGGACCUGUGCGGCAUUGUGGCUGCCAAGGACUCGCUGCAGGAGCUGGCCCUGGGCGAAAACAAGCUGGGCGACGCAGGCAUCGCCGCACUGUGCCCGGGGCUGCUCAGCCCCAGCUCCCGGCUCCGGAUCCUGUGGCUCUGGGAGUGCGACGUCACCGCUGAGGGCUGCAGAGACCUGUGCCGGGUGCUGCAGGCCAAGGAGAGCCUGAAGGAGCUCAGCCUGGUGGGCAACGAGCUGGGGGACGAGGGUGCCCAGCUGCUGUGCAAGAGCCUGCGGGAGCCGGGCUGCCGGCUGGAGUCGCUCUGGGUGAAGACCUGUGGCUUAACAGCCGCCUGCUGCCCGCACUUUGGCGCCAUGCUGACCCACAACAGGUCCCUCCUGGAGCUGCAGCUGAGCAACAACAAGCUGGGGGACGCAGGUGUGCAGCAGAUCUGCCAGAGUCUGGGCCAGCCUGGCACCACGCUGCGGAUUCUCUGCCUGGGCGACUGUGAGGUGACGGACACGGGCUGCGCUGCCCUCGCCUUGCUUCUGCUCUCCUGUCCCAGCCUGCGCGAGCUGGACCUCAGCAACAACUGCAUGGGGGACCCUGGCAUCUUGCAGCUGGUGGGGAGCCUGCAGCAGCCUGGCUGCACCCUGGAGCAGCUGGUCCUGUACGACAUCUACUGGACCGCGGAGGCAGACGCGCGCCUGACGGCUCUGGAGGAGAGCAAGCCCUCCCUGAGGAUCAUCUCCUGAGGAGAGGCCCGGCCCACCUCUGCCUCCCCACCAGCCCCUGCAGCACAGCCUCUGCCCCCGCCCCCCGCUCCCUGGGGGUCGGGGCUCUGGACGUCAGCUGUCCUAGCUCUGGUCUGGAAGAAAAACUCAAAUCAGUUAAUUUGGGAGAAAUAUUCAAAACUUUAUACUUAUUAAAUUACUUUUUCUGGCA